CACCUUUCAUUGCUGUACACUUCUCACCUAAAUUACCUUCAACACAAUCCCAAAUACUACUAAACACAGUCAAAAUGGGAUCCAACGACUCCCCCUCCCUCCCCGCCUUGGCCACCGACUCCAAGUUCAUCUUCUUCACCGACUUCGACGGCACCAUCACCCAACAAGACAGCAAUGACUUCAUGACCGACACUCUAGGGUUCGGCCCGGCACUCCGUAAGAAGGGAAACGAGAGCGUCCUCUUCGGCCACCGCGACUUCCGCGACAGCUUCUCGGAGAUGCUGGACAGCAUCAGCACGCCCUUUGACCAGUGCAUAGAGACUCUGCUCAAGAACAUCACCCUCGACUCUGGGUUCAAGGAGUUCUUCCACUGGGCCAAGGAGAUUAACAUGCCGAUUGUGAUUCUCAGUGGCGGCAUGGAGCCUGUGAUCAGGGCGCUGUUGGCCCAUUUCUUGGGCAAGGAGGAGGCGGAUAGUUUGCAGAUUGUUAGCAACCAGGUGGCUGUUAGGCCGGGAAAGAAGAGUUUGAAUGAGGAGGGAGGGUGGAUGAUCACUUACCACGAUGACAGCGGAUUCGGCCACGACAAGUCCCUCGAAAUUCGCCCCUACGCCAACCUGCCCGCCGACCAAAGGCCAGUCCUUUUCUACGCCGGCGAUGGCGUCUCGGAUCUCUCAGCUGCCAAGGAGACGGACCUUCUCUUUGCAAAGGCUGGAAAGGAUCUCAUCACCUACUGCGAAAAGGAGAACGUGCCCUUCACCACGUUCCACGACUUUACCGAGAUCCUCGCUGUGGUCAAGGACAUCACCGCGGGCAAGGUGACUGUUAAGGAGGCUGCUGUUGGCAGGAAGUGAGCUAGCUAUCCCCUCCACCGAGCGUCUGUCGGUCUGUCUAGUCUUGUUCCUAUUCCUUUCGGCUCAGUGUUUUUUUUUCCCCUCUGGACACUAUUCUAGACGGUGCACAGGAGUGAUUGGUUGGUUGGUUAGUAGCAGGCUACUUAUGCCACUUUUCAUCCUGAUAGAACUCUUAGAAGAAGACAAAAUAAGGGAGCGGUUGUUCUUCUGAUUGUUAUAGACAAUAGACGUGUGGGUCAUGAC